GUUCGAUUAUACUCCAGAUGCAUAAUUUCGUGGAAACGUCAAUCUCUAAGCAGCUAUCUCAUCCACGCAGCCAGUAUUUGGAAUACAUACUCUAGUCAUUUGACUUCAGGAAGACCCCAAUGAAUCGAUCAUCUUUCGCACCAUUCGACUCCGUUGCCUACAUAUGGAGAACACUUGGUCUUCCAGAAGAAGCAUUGGAGUCUCUCGACCUUCCUCUCGACGCAGAAUGCUACCCCUCUUCUUUUAAAGUUGACCACAUUGCACAAUCGACAAUUGCACUCUCGGCGCUUGCAGCCGCCCUCUUCUGGUCCAUUCGUCAUAAGUCCCCCGUAUCGAAGGUCACUGUUCCAGCUGAGCAUGCUUCCGUCGAGUUCAUAUCGGAGCGCCUCUACGUGCUCAAUGGCAAGUCUGCACCUGCGUCAUGGGGGACAAUUGGUGGUUUGCAUAGGACAGCUGACGGGUAUGUAAGAAUGCAUGACGCAUUCCCGAACCAUCGAGAGACUGCUCUGAAUAUCCUCGGCUUGGGUAGUGAGUCUUCAAGGGAAGAUGUUGCAAGUACGAUGAUUAGGCAGAGGUCUAUUGACCUUGAGACUAAAGCAUUCAACAAUGGUGCUGUCAUUACUGCGCUACGUUCCUUCAAUGAAUGGGAUGCACUUCCUCAAGCUAAAGCGAUCGCCGACUUUCCCAUCCUGCUAAAUCAGACCAGAGGAACGAAUCCCUAUCUGCCACCACCCCCGAGAUCAAGUAAAAACGACAAGUGUCUCAGAGGCAUCCGCGUAGUCGAAAUGAGUCGAGUUGUUGCAGCCCCAGUUGCUGGUAAGACACUUGCAGUGCACGGGGCAGAUGUCAUCUGGAUCACAUCACCUACACUACCGAAUCUUCCGGACCUCGACAUUGAUCUCUCGCGAGGCAAACGCACGGUACAGCUCGAUAUCAAAAAACCCAAUGAUAAAGCUAAACUACUUGAGCUACUUCGUACAGCGGAUGUCUUCAUACAAAGCUACCGCCCUGGGAGUCUCGCCGCACAAGGCCUCUCGGCAGAAGAGCUCAUCGAAGCAAACCCAAAUUUGAUCGUAGCAAGCUUGAAUGCAUACGGACCGGACGGUCCCUGGUCUCAAAAUCGUGGUUUUGACUCUCUCGUCCAAACAUGCUCAGGUAUUAACGUCGCAGAUGCACAGCGCUUUGGCGCUAAUGAAGCAGUCCGCGUGCUACCAUGUCAAGCGCUCGAUCAUGGUUCGGGCUAUCUCCUAGCGACUGGGAUCAUCGCGGCACUGUACAAACGGGCGACGGAGGGCGGAGCAUAUGAGAUCAAGGUGUCAUUGAGUGGAGUGAUGAAGUAUCUUAGGUCACUAGGGCAAUACGAUGGGAAGACUGGGUUUGAGAGAAAAAACUUAAAUGACCUCAAGAAUGUCCGGGAGUAUUUGGAAACGAGGCAAACUGGAUUUGGAGAGCUAAGCGCCAUUCGACAUGCGGCGAAGAUAGCGGGUGUAGAGGUUGGAUGGGAAACCAUGCCAAAACCAUUAGGAAGUGACGCCCCAGUGUGGCUCUGAAUACCAAGCCAUCUUCAAGGAGCAUAGUACUGGACCCAAAAACCUAGCAGUGCGAUCUUUCCCAUUACUUCAUGAUAUCUCACAAUGAACCAAUAUAUGCCAUAGUCUCGGCAUGCUACUCCUCUGCUAUUAAUAUAAGGCU